UGUGAAUGGUUGUGCGUUAUCAAUCUCGAAUAUGAAGUGUUUUUAUAAGAUGUUUUACGGAAUCGGAAUCAUUCUUAAAAUCGCCGUUUUGAUGAGCAGCAUUUCUGUUGCUUCAGGAAUAUUUUGUAGCAGACUUAGAACUGCGACUCUAGAAAAACCCAAGAAUUGGCAAAAUUCUGACUGUAUGAUGCCUGGUGAAACUAUGCUUGCUGCCAGAGCAAGAAGUUCAAUCCAAUGUUCCUUGGUGUGUCUACGGCAUUUCCCGGAGUGUAACUCUAUCAGAUACGACAAGGUGUCAAAAUCGUGUGAACUAUUAACAAGUAUGAUGCUACCCAAACGAGAAGACAAAAAUUGUAUGACAUAUGGUAUAAAUCUAUCCCACGAUUGCACUGAAAUUCUGAAGACGUCCCCGAGUUCUCAAAGUGGAGUUUAUGCAAUUACCAAUAACAACGGAACCAAAACAUGGCCUGUUUACUGUGACAUGGACACCGACGGUGGAGGAUGGACAGUUUUCCAGAAACGUCAGUUUAAUGAGACGGAUUUCGAUAGACCGUGGCUAGAUUACAAAAAUGGUUUCGGCGCUAUGUGUGAUUUCUGGCUUGGCAACGAUCUUGUUCAUCAGAUUACUUCAUCUGGAGAGUACAACCUUCGACUUGAUAUCAUUACGACAACUGGUGAUGUUUACUUUGCAACAUACACAUCGUUUACCGUCAACGGAGAGAGCGACAAAUACAGAUUGAAGUUUUUAGAACUAACAGACGGCAAUGCUGGUAAUGUACUCAGAGUUGAACAAGAUGAACAUUUCUCAACCUACGAUAGUGACAAUGAUGACAAUGAUGGCAGUUGCGCUAAAUCCAGUACUGGUGGUUGGUGGUUUUCGACAUGCCAUAGAUGCCUCUUGAAUGGCGCGGGAAUUAUCUACUUUAACUGCCACAUUAAUGGUGUGAAGCAGCUGUUGAGUAGCUCGGAGAUGAAGAUUAAGCGGCAGUGUUAGUCGAUUUCUCUCUCCGAGGAAACUUAAAAACUUAAUAAUGGUAAUGGUUGGA